AUGGGUGAUGAGGUUGCGGCGCCCGGAGGGACCGUUGAGAAAGUGAUCCACACUUAUCCUCUCAUCAGGCAUUCAGACAUGUCAGAAGAAAUGAGAAUAGAAGCAAUGGAGUUGUCAGUAACUGCUUGUGAAAAAUUUGCUGCGAACAAUGAGUUAGCGGCGCGCAUGGUCAAAGAGUCUAUGGACAAAAAAUUUGGUGCUGCUUUCCACGUGGUUGUCGGUGAAAGCUACGGAUUCGAAAUCACAUAUGAAUGUACCACCAUUUGCUACAUGUACUUCGGAGGAAAUCAAGCCAUCGUCAUAUGGAAGUGCUCGUAA